AAAGUACUGGGAUUACAGGCUUGAGCCACCGCGCCCGGCCACAGCCAUUUCUUAAUUAAGUUAUUAAUAUGUCCUGGGCAUUGCACAAAAUGCUGUACAUGCACCAUCUCAUUUAAAGGUGCUACUGUUAGCACGCUUUUAAAGAUGAGAAAAUUGAGGUUCAUAGAAGCUAGGGUUAGGUUAAUGAUGGGUCUGGCUUGAACCCGAAACUGACUCCAGCAUCUUUACUCUUAGCCUCAAUGAUAUACCGUGCUAGCAAGAGACUUAGCACCCUCCCUGAAGGGUUAGUUUGGGCACUCUCAGAGAUUGUCAGGUGGAGUUUUUUUUUUCAAAGAUCUAGUAGUUUAACUCUAUCACUUUGCAGAUGAGGAAACUGAGGCAUACAAUGAUUAAAGUUCCUUUUCCAAGAUCAAACAGUAAGUUAAUAACAGAGUCGGCAUGCACCCAUGUCUGGCUGGACCCCAGUCUGGUGCUCUCUGUGUCAGGCCUAUGGCUUUGCUAAACCCCCAGCUCAUCUUCCUCUUUACCUGGGUAUGCUUCAUAGAUGCCUGCACACCUAUCCUUGAGGAUGCAGAGACAGGUUCUAUCACGCUACCUCCUAUGGGAAGCUUUCUUCUAUCCCUCUCCCCACCUCUUUUCCAAAUAAGCAUGACCAUUCAACUCCCUCCUCAUUUACCAUUUCAUAAAUUCACUCAUAUCUAUAAAUGUGAGUUGCCAAUCUCAUUUAUGAUUCCAUUUUAUUUUCACGAUGAAUAAGACAAGCCUGAGUUCAAAUUCUGGUUGCAUUAUUGCACAGUUGAAAGGCUUUGCCGUGAUUAUUUGCCUGCGUGGAUCACAGACAGCUGGCUUUGGAAGGCCCUAAAACAUCAGGCACAUGGAUGGUUCCCCAACAGGCAUUCAUGGGGUAGUGCCAGUCCAGGAAGACCUUUUCAGUGGUGCAUACUGAUGAGUGAAACAUAAGUACAGUGUGUAGAGACUGCGUGUGCCUACACACACAGGUGUGUGUGUGGAGAGAGAGAGAAAACAUGAUGCUGUAUUUCUCAAAGGAUGGCUCUUUAUUGUGAGAUUUUGCACUCUUUAUUUUGGGGGAGUUGAAUUAUUUCAUGAAAUGAUGGUGAGAGAAGAUGCUAUUAAUAUUUUAUCAAAAUACAAGUGUGUCAACACUAUCAGUCUUCGAAUGCUGUUCAACACUUUACUGAUGGCUGAAACCCAAAUCGGGGAAACAUGCUUUGAGCAGCUUCUCACCCAGUGCAGGAUUCUCCUCUCAGUGUUGGGAGUUCACUACCUUCCAAGGAAGCCUCGCUCAUUUCUGGAUGGUUCUCAUUGCCAGAGAAUUCUUUCCUGUGUUGAACUGCAGAUUGGCUUCCGCUAACAUCUAAAGUUAGUCCUAAUCCUAUCCUCUAGAGCAACACAGUCCCCGUCUCACAUAGUUUCUUCAAAUAUUUGGAGGAAUACCAUGUGGGAGAAGGAUUGUAUUGCUUUAGUCACUAGAGCAAGGACCAGUGGAUAAUUUUAGAAAGGGACAAGGAAGAUACAUCUCUAGUUUUUUCUCCAUUAUCUUCUGCCUCAUGGCCUCCUAAUAAAUACGGAAAACAGCCACAACAGGAAAGAUAGCUAACAUUCAGCAAGUAUUUAUUUUGUGUGAGGCAGUGUUCUAAGAACCUUCCAGUAUAUUAAGUAAUUCAUCCUCACCGCCACCCUCAGAGGAGGAGUUAGCCUUAACCCUAUUUUAUAGAUGAAAAACAGGCAUGGGGGCAUUAAGUAAUUUGCCCAUGGUCAAACCAGAAUCGAAACCUGUCCAGUGUGAUUCCAGAGCCUAUCCUUUGAACCACUAGACUUCUAACCCACAAUUUAACCACUAGACAUCUUCUCUCUCCUCUCUUUUCUACUUAUCAUUGUCAAAGUUCUUAAAAUAUGCUAAAACUACAUAUAGAACUAAUACAAACUGGUAAGUUCAGAGUGGAGGAGAUCAUUCAACCCUCAGUUGGGUACCAUAUGGCUAUUACUGCAAGCUAUGAUCACAUUUAGUGAGUUUGGCAACAAUAUCACACCCUGGCUCAUUUUGAGCUUGGAUUUAAAUCAAAUAAUCCAAGUCUUUUUUUUUUUUUUUUUCAAACUGGGUCACCCCAUUCUGGUUUUUUUUUUUUUUUUUCAAUACGUGUUUUAAAUGUAAGAGUGGGAUUUGGUAUAUAUAUUCCUGUCAAAUCUUUUCUACAAAAGAGUCUGUAAAAAAAAAAAAAAAGUGGGUUUGCAUGUGGACGAAGGAUAUACUAAUUUUAUGGUUUAGAGUAAUGAGAUUGUGGGCAUUUUUUCUUUAUUUUCAAAAUUAUUUCAUUUGUAGUUGUCAUGAUGUUAUUGUGCAAGAAAUAAAAACUGGUAAAGGAAAAAUGGACUUUUCACUUUUGGCCUGUUCUUUCAGCUUACUAAAAGUUUUCUAACAAUCUUGAAUCUAUCCCUCCAGCACAGUAACUGCUUUUCUCAGCUUUGCAUCAUGUGCACCUGGAAAGUCUGCCAUAUCUUCUUUCAAGUCCCAGGUGUCUCAGACGGACAGUCCCAGAGGGCAGGGAUAGAACAUACAGCUCCAUGUAAUUCAAUCUAGAGACUUCAUGUGCCAAGUUCAGUUCAUAUCAUGCUCAGUAGUAAUAUGUAAGUAGUUUAGAAUAAUACAAGUUGGAACCCAUUGCCAGGCGAGGGUUGGUUCUGAGGUGCUGGUGGUGGCCUCUGGUUGGAAUGAUAAGAGUCCACCAUUCAACAUUUCAGCAGAUAUUUAUUGAGAACCCAGCACAUCCUGGGCACUCUGCUAGGUUCUGGGGAUAUAAAGAUGCAGAAGACAUGGUCCUUUUCCUCAAUGGUUUGUAGUCCAGUGGUCUGGUCCUGCCUCUGAGGCAUAUCCAUGAGCUAUGAGUCUUGAUCAUGCAGGUGUAAGGAGACAGCCCCGGAGGAAAUGCCUUUGCCUCAAGGAAGUCAUCAUGAACAAGACAGUCAAUUUGGUUUCCUCAGCACAUCUCACUACACCCCAUCCCUGAAUCUUCUAACUGAAAUUCCACCUUCUUCCAAAAAGGCUUGCUUGUCUUAAUUAAAGGGAAAGUACUAAAGAGGGCGGGGACGUGUGAGGGUUUACAUUAUGUCAAGUCCUUGUUGAACAACCUUCCAUGUCUCUGUGAUCCCACAGGCUAGCCUGCCCUCUCUUGCCUGACACUGAAACCUCUGAAUGCUCUGGCCCCACCUUGCUGAGCUGGCAUUAUUCUCUCCUCUAGUGUCUUUCAGGCAGACAAGUCUCUACAUCAUCCCAGGACUAUCCAUGCUCUUCUGCCCCUUGGCCCUUGCUCAGAUAGCCCCCUUCUUUGGAAUGCCCUCUCCCUCCCUCCCACCAGCCAAUUCUUGUCUGUCCAGUCCGCCAAGACACCAUUCAAAUUCCACCUCCUCAUGAAAACCCCUUGAGUGCCGCAACUCUUGCAGACUUCGUGUCUCUGUGGAGAGAGAAUAGGCAUCGCUUCUGUACACUUUAGCACAACUUCAUAUACAGUCUGGCCUUAUUGGGGGUUAUUUUAUGUGGGUGAUCUCCCUUCCCCAGCAAUGUGGAGGCAGUGCUUUUAUAACAGAACCCAUAGAUUUUAUUUCUGCUGCUUCAGCAUGUGUGGAUCACAGAGCAGACAACUGAUAAAUAUGUGUUGACGAUUUUUAUUUUUACAAAAUUGUUUUACUCCAGAAAGAGAAUUAAAAGCAGGCAGACUUUUUUCUUUCCAGUCCUGCCCCAUCGUUCUUCUCCAUGCACAUUUUUCUUCCUGCCCUAUGGGACUCUUCACCUUUACUUGCGAGUUCUCGUCUGCAGCAAGACUUUCAUAUUCCUGCAGGAGACAACAGGGUCAGUGUUGUUGUUUGCUUGCCUUUUGCAGCCUUCCCUGUCUAGAUUGCAAAGUUUCAUAGGAGCCUUUCUGCUCUGUUCCCCUGCAUGGGGUAUUCCAAUAGGUAGGAGGCACCCGUAAAUGAUUAUUACCUUGGUCAGCUCAGGGCACUUGACAACCAUGAGCCCUUUCUCUCCUCUGGUAGUCCUAUAGGGAAGGGAAAUACAAGUCCUAAGAAAUGGAGGCACCAAGCAGGUAGAGGAGGGCGUGAACCUCUCACUGCCCUGAUUGGGUCUCUAAACAAUAAUGGUUUUGCACCAGGAGUCCCUUGCUAGGAAGCUUUCUCACUCAGCACUGCGGGCACGUGGCUGCCAGCCCUGGCCUUUUUCCUGAGCCAAACCCACCUCUGGGUUUACCCCCAUCCCCACCCUGGCUUUCACUUCUGCGGCAUCUUACACAGUCUAUAAAGAUGUUUUCUUUCAUUGGCAGGUGAAGUCUGGAGCAGGACUUCUGAGGCUUUCUAUCCUCCAUGCCGCUCACUAGAAAAGGGGCUGUGAACUGUGCUUUGGCUCUAGCAGAGAGGGAGAAAUUCUGGCCCAGCUGGAAGUAGAAAGAGGGGAGUGACUCUCCUGAGGACCAUCUCAGAGACCCCUGGGAUCACCUGAACAGUCCUCCAUGUGAAUCAAUCCCAUGAUGCAACAUGCCUCCCCAGCCCCCGCUCUGACGAUGAUGGCCACGCAGAAUGUCCCGCCCCCACCCUACCAGGACAGCCCACAGAUGACGGCAACCGCCCAGCCACCCUCCAAGGCCCAGGCUGUCCACAUCUCUGCCCCCUCAGCUGCUGCCAGCACACCUGUACCCAGUGCCCCCAUCGACCCCCAGGCCCAGCUGGAGGCUGACAAGCGAGCUGUGUACAGGCACCCUCUUUUCCCGCUCCUGACGCUGCUGUUUGAGAAAUGUGAACAGGCCACCCAGGGCUCUGAGUGCAUCACCUCCGCCAGCUUUGAUGUGGACAUCGAGAACUUUGUCCACCAGCAGGAGCAGGAGCACAAACCCUUCUUCAGCGAUGACCCAGAACUGGACAAUCUGAUGGUGAAGGCAAUCCAGGUCCUGAGAAUCCACCUGCUGGAGCUGGAAAAAGUCAAUGAACUCUGCAAGGACUUUUGUAACCGUUACAUCACCUGCCUCAAAACCAAGAUGCACAGUGAUAACCUGCUCAGGAAUGACCUAGGGGGGCCCUACUCCCCCAACCAGCCCUCCAUCAACCUUCACUCACAGGACCUCCUGCAGAAUUCCCCCAAUUCCAUGUCUGGAGUCUCCAAUAACCCCCAGGGAAUUGUGGUCCCAGCCUCAGCGCUCCAGCAGGGCAACAUCGCCAUGACAACCGUCAACUCACAAGUCGUGUCAGGUGGAGCCUUAUACCAACCGGUUACCAUGGUAACCUCCCAGGGUCAGGUGGUCACCCAAGCAAUCCCCCAGGGAGCCAUCCAGAUCCAGAACACACAGGUUAACCUUGACCUCACCUCCCUCCUGGACAAUGAGGAUAAGAAGUCCAAGAACAAACGAGGAGUCUUGCCCAAGCAUGCCACCAAUAUAAUGCGUUCUUGGCUCUUCCAGCAUCUCAUGCACCCCUACCCCACGGAGGACGAGAAGAGGCAGAUCGCAGCCCAGACCAACCUCACCCUCCUGCAAGUAAAUAACUGGUUCAUCAAUGCCCGGAGGCGCAUCCUGCAGCCCAUGCUUGAUGCCAGCAACCCAGACCCUGCUCCCAAAGCCAAGAAGAUCAAGUCUCAGCACCGGCCCACCCAAAGAUUCUGGCCCAACUCCAUCGCUGCAGGGGUGCUGCAGCAGCAGAGCGGUGCCCCAGGAACAAACCCCGAUGGUUCCAUCAACUUGGACAACCUGCAGUCCCUGUCCUCAGACAAUGCCACCAUGGCCAUGCAGCAGGCUAUGAUGGCUGCACAUGAUGACUCAUUGGAUGGGACAGAAGAAGAGGAUGAGGAUGAGAUGGAAGAGGAGGAGGAGGAGGAGCUGGAGGAGGAGGUCGACGAGCUGCAGACGACGAAUGUCAGCGACCUGGGCUUGGAACACAGUGACUCCCUGGAGUAGUCGGGCAGCCCAGAUGGCACUGAUCAUCGAGCAGGAGAGGAGUGUCGCCGGGAGGCCUUCAGGGUGGGGGGGAAGGGGACGUGGGCAGGAAGCACCGAGGGAGUUGGGCCCUAGCUUCCCCAAAUCAGUAGCUUGAAGAAAGGCAGAGGAGACACCUGUUCCUUCCCAACCACCGAGCUUCAACGAGGACCCCAGUCCCACUUCCCCGGAACUGCCGAGGACUCUGUUUGGCGGGGCCAGUCGAGCAGCCUGUAUGGAAAGACAGCAGUGAGAUCUGGACUCACCAAAUCCCUGAGGACAGAUGGCACCCAUGGCCCCCACCCAUGGAAGGACUUGAGUCGUUUACAAGCCCUGCACUGUGAGGCAGAUUGGUGCUGUUCGCAGAGUGGGCCUUUGCUCCGGGGGCAGACUUAGAAGGAAGGGGAGAGACAAAGGGGGACUGAGUUUCAUCCCCAGAAGGUUCUCAGCUCCUUUGACAGACAUUCAAGGGCAGGAGGGAGCCCCAGAGCAUAACCAGUGGCCAGAGGAGUGGGAGGGCCUGAGGCAUCACAUCUUGCAGAUCAGAAUGGGAUAGAAUCCACCGGGCUCAUCCCUCCAAGGCCCUGUCUCUGCGCACAGCAACCAUGGACAUGGGAGAGAGGGAUGGGAGCCACAGUCCCCGUCACUCUCUCCUGGAAACAUUGUAAGCUGGUGGGCUCAACCUGUGGGAGGUUAAGAGGAGUCCCUUCUGGGUUGACUCCAAGAGCCAAGGAGAUGGCAGACCCUGGGCUAGGAGCCAUAUCAAGGUGACUUUGAGGCCACAACUGUCCCUAGGUGGUCACAGAACUCAGCUCCUGUAACAACAGGACAAUGGUGUUUUACCCUAGAUGCUCCCACCCUCAGUGCUCCAAACCCUCCAUAGACCUUCAGAGAAGGUGAAAACAGGUUAUCUGGGAAUCUUUCCACCCAGCGGGUCGCCACGGCCAUCCUUCUGCUCCCAGGCUGGCUCCAUCAGCCUCCAGCUUCCUUUCUUCAUCCUGUCCUUCAGGGAAGGCAGAAGAAACAUUGGAAGGCAUCUAGUCCAGUGGGAAGCCAGGGGUUGGAGAAGGUGCUACAUCCCCCUUCCCAUCAAUAUCCAAAAUGUGGGGGAGGGCCCAGAGAAUGGCACCCAAGAGCCUGCGGGGGUGCCCACCCCACACACCCUGCUGUUCUAACCCUGCUGUCCACAGCCCUGGAGGAACUGGGGCCCCUGGAAGGAGGAGGAGGCUCUCCACUGUCCACCCUAACACAUACCCUCCCACCCACCUUCCAGACCCCCUUGGUUGGCACCCGCCUCCUGUUCCCUCUCACCCCAUGGCUGUGAAUGACAGGACUGGUCACAUGUGUGUUUUCCAUUGGGUUUAAUUUAAUGGACGUGCAGUUUCAUUUGUAAAUUGUGCAUUAGCCAUCUCCUUCAGUGGCAGGAUGUGAGUGGCGACCUGGCUCAACUGGAGGGGACCCGCGGGGCUUCCCCUCUGGGGCUUCCCCUCCCCCACCUGGUUGGGGUAGAACAAAAGGAUGGUCACUCUUUCGAGGUCUCCCUGAAAUGAAUGUAUUUCUCCCCCAAAAGAGCUGAUAUUUAAUGUUUUAAUAGGGAUUUUUGAGAAACAAAUAACCUUAUUUAUAAUCUGGGUGAUCCAAUCAUUUUUUACUCCCUUUUGAUGCCAUACAUAGAGGAAAGUCUAGCUUUUUUGGCGUGAGACUUUUGCAAUGUGCAGUGGGAUAAAAUGCAUUUCCUUUU